GCUCAGCCGUGUUUGGACCUCAAUUGGGCCUCUCCCUUCCUUAACCAAUCAGCUUGAGACCGAGAAAUGAGAAGACAGCUGAGAGAGAGAGAGAGAGCGCAGCACACUGUUAGGUAGCUCAGCUCUCGGCGACGGAGUAACGGCGGAGAGGCGUCGCACAGACGGUGUGUAGGAGAGACGACGGAGCUUAGCAUUUCAGAACUUCAGGUUUGCCUUCUCUUCCAUUUCCAUAUCCCAACAGUAUCAAUGCUGUCUCAUGAACAGGCAUUUAUUCUGUAUUGAGUUUUCAUGAGCUGAGUACGGCUGUGCGAGAGUCGAGAGGGGUUCUUGCUUUCCUCGUCGGUUUCUUCAUACUUAAAGCUCUGAUGGGGAUGGAAUUUUUUCUGUUCACUCUGUUUACUUUAGUUCUCUUGUAGUGUGAUCAGUGAUGUUAUCCCCCAGCUCUAGGGCUUGCCAUGAUCCAUUUUGCCCACUGGCGUGUGAAAAUGGUUCUGUUGUGUUCCAAAUAUGGGUUUUCUGAGAGCUGCAUUCAGAAAGCGAUGUUUCAGCAAGUUUGGUUUUUUCAGUUGCUUUUGUGUGCUCUUCUUGUUAGUCGGUUUGUUGCAGGGUAUUAUUAGCAAGAAUGAAUUGAGAACUAAAACUCUAUUAUCCCUCAAUUCUUUCUGUGGAAACUCUGCCUCAGUUUUUAGCUGAUUAAUGUGCAUGAAAAAUACUCCUAUGGUUUUGAAUUUAGGUCAGUUUCUCACAGUCCGAUGCUUACAAAUUGAAUUCCCUCGGAUUUGGAAUCAUGCUUCUAGGAGAUAUGAUCUUCUACUUCUGUCUCUAUUAUAUGACUUUAAUGGACAAUGGUUGUUGGUUUUUUAUCUGCAACAGGUUGAGAAAUAUGUAUCUCAAGGUGAAGUUGCCAUGGAAUGUUAUCAUAGCUCCAGAAAACCUUGAUAUCAAGGGACUGCUGCUUCAGAGGGCUAUCCUAUUAAAGGUUCUGGAAGAGUUUGCUAGCCGGCGAGCCCACAAGGACCUCGGCUACCACAUUGCAGUGACUACCCUGGAGAGCAUAGGGGACGGAAAAGUGAGGCAACACACAGGGGAGGUGAUGUUCCCUGUUGUGUUCAGUGCCAUCACCUUCAACAUCUUCCGGGGAGAGGUGCUGGAAGGCCAGGUCCACAAGGUGUUCAAGCAUGGCGUCUUCUUGCGAUGUGGGCCGAUGGAGCACAUCUACCUCUCGUGCACCAAAAUGCCGGGCUACCGGUAUGUGCCUGGAGAAAACCCGGAGUUCAUCAACGAGAAGAGUCCCCCGGUCGGGAAAGAUGAUAUGGUGAGGUUCAUGGUGAUGGGGACCAAGUGGCUGGAGGCCGACAGGGAGUUUCAGGCGUUGGCUAGCUUGGAGGGCGAUUUUCUAGGUCCCUUGCCAAGGCCAUAAAUCUAGAAGCUGAAAGUCUCUGUCAGAUGUGGAUGUCUGUUUAUCUGAUGUUGCAGCAUGUCUCUGUGAACAAUUACUCUUUUAAGUGUUAUAUGUGAGUGAGUAGUUAGAACUUGAAUCUCCAUGCAUCUGGAUAUCUGUUUAAGUUGGCCUUUGCUAGGACUUAACAGUAACUUGGUUGGAAAAGAUACUGUAUUUAGUUUCUAGUUAUAUGAUGUUUAUACAACACCUCCCUCGUUAUCCGUAUAUACGUUUGAAUCAUCUGAUAAAAAAACCUUUAGUUAGUAAAUCUGUUGGGAUGAC